AGUGUAGAGAGAUUCCGAAUGCGUUGAGCAUGAGUUUGUGAAUUAUCUGUACAGUUCAAAUGCUAGAUUGUUUGGACUUUGAUCCAGGGGCGGAUCUAGCAGGUGGGCCAGAUAUGCCAUGGCAUAUCUAAUUUUUCGGCCCAUCCAGCGAGAAAAUUUACCAUCUCAAUUCUCAAGCUCAAGCCCAUACGCAUCUCCAUUCUCAAGCCCAACCCCAUACGAAUAACCCAGCCUCGCUUCCCCUCCCCGUCGCCUUUGGGCGCCUCCUUUCCGACUCCUCCCUCCGAACGCCGCCCUCCGCCAGCACCUGCUCCGGCGCACCUCCCCGCCGCCGGUAGGGGGACUCAGGCCUGCUCCCCCUCCCCUUCCCCUCCGGCAACACCUCCCCAGGACCUCGCCGCCCCCUCCCUACAGGCUGGCGCCCCCGGCUGACCUGCAGGCCGAGCGGCUGGCGCCCCUGGCUGCUCUGCAGACUGGCUGCUUGUGAGCUGCUGCCUGGUGCCUGGAGGCCGGCGCCCCCGGUCCCACAAGGCUGGUUCAAAUCUCUCUAUCGUAUGGGCAUGAGUUUAAUUUGUUGCGCAAAGUUCUUUUAUAUGUAUUCCAAUUUCUAUAUGGUACAUGAUUUCGACCACAUGUUUAGCUCCGAAAGUAAAUUUGGUUUGUGUAUGUGGUGCACAAAUAUGUUUGGUGUGUUGAAGCUAAACUAAUGUAACCUGGUGAUUCCCAUGGAUAUAUGAAUAGCUUCUGAUUUACAAAAAAAGUGUCACAUUAAUUGAGCGGGAUGUUUUCUUUGAGGUGGAUGAAAAUGACACAAUGGAGACUUUCAUGAAUAUUAGAAGUGGUAGACCAUACAAGUAGCUUCUUUUAUUCAUUUGAACUAGUAUGUUUGAAGUAUUUGUAUUAUAAUUUAUGCAAAAAGGUAUUUAACUGUUCAAUUUAAGAUUUGAAAUGCAAUUUGUGUUCUUGGUUACCGAAUUCCUCGAUGAAUUUUAAAUUUUAUUACCAAAUUAUAUAUGGAUUAUACCGAAUUGUAAGUGGAAAUUAUACCGUGGCAUAUCCUCUCUGAAAUCCUAGGUUCGCCAUUGCUUUGAUCCAAUCUUGAUUUGUAAUUUUGGAUUCACCUGUAUGUACAUAGCAGUGACAUCAUUUCAUGAGGCUCAAGAGUCAAGACUCAACAGGAACUGGAGCGUGCAUUUUGUUUAGUUUGCGAAACAAGGGGAUUGGUUCGGUCGUAAUUUCUGUUAGGAUCUUAAUUCUUAAGUUCGAUGAUUGGUGAAGGCCAUUGCUGAGAACAGAUGAGCGCAGAAGGCCCAGCCUAAGCAGUGAGCCAAGACAGGCCCAGUUCGAUCCAUUUCUCGGAUGUAAAAGCCCGGCCCAUUCUAUUUCGGCUGUCGCGGCUUGCGGGUAAGACGAAAACGAAAUGUCUCAUUUGGCGGGCACUCCCUUCAUUCCCGGGCACUUCGAAUUCUGAUUUUUGAGAACCCAACCGGGCUCGUCGGCGCUCAAAUCUCCCCUACCAACGUCUCGCCACCGCUCCGCCAUGGAGGAUAACGCCGGCGGACAAAGCCAGGCGCAUGGGUGGAGUUCGUACCCCCUUUCGCUCCCUUCCCAGCCGCCGGACAUCAAGAACUGGUUCUCGAGUUACGAGUAUGAGUCACCGGAGGUUCCGGAGCUGGGUGCUGAUCCUGCCAUCCACAACGGCAGCGAGACCCAAGACCCAUUCGAGCACCCGAUAUUCAAACAUUCUUUCCGGGAUGAUGGUGUCGCUUUGAGGGAAAAUUGUUUGGGAGACCAAUCUAAGCCUGAGGUUUUUGCUGGAAAAUAUUUGGUUCUGGUUAAUAAGAGUGAAGCGAAGCCUGCCCCAAAAAGGAAGCAAAGUCUGCGGGCACUGUUUGGAGCGGGUUUUCUUGAUAAGGGUGAGGAGGCUACUGACAUUGAAAGGCAGAAUUUGUUGCCUCUGCAGAGAAAUGCACCGGAGCCUUUGUCAGAUUGCAUAACAAACUUCCCUGAUACUAAACAAAGCCAGGAAGGGUCAGCUGAGCACAGCAAUUUUCUGGUGGAUUGUGAUGGUAUUAGUUCAGUUGACACUCAAGAAAGCACCCCUGCAGAUCAGGAGGUUGAGUGCAGUAAACAGUCUGUUGAUUGUGAUGGUGCACGUUUGGCUAAUAUUGAUAUUGGAGAAAGCUUCGCAGAACAUGUCAUCCACCAAGUUGAAUUGCCACUCAAUUUCAAUGGUGCCAAUCUAGUUGGCACUGAGAAAAACAUCCAGGAUGGUGUGGAGCACAGCAUACGUCCUGUUAGUCGCAACAAUUUCAGUUUAGCUGACACUGAAGAGAAUUUUCCAAUAGAGGAAACUCGGCGCUGCAAGCUUGCAUUGGACAGUAGGCCACAAGAAAUAGUGGCAUCAGAUGGUUUUAUAGCUGUCAAGAGAAAGAAGCACCAGCCCGAUGAAUGCAAAAUGAACAAAAUUCCUAGGCACCCAAUGGGGAGAGAGAAGGGAAAAGGAGAAUUACAAGAGAACAACAGCAAUUUAGAGCAGAAGGCUUUGGUCCAAGAGCAAACUAGACGUCCCUUGGCUGACAGAACUAAUUUUCCAGAAGUAGCUGCAGCAGCAGCCCCGGCGCAAGAGGUUAGCAAGAAAUGGAAGUGCCCUCGCAAAGGCAAGCCCUUUGUUGGCCGUCCACUGAAGCAGCUUCGGUUGGAACAGUGGGUACGCCGAAUGAAUUGACACUUCAACAUUGCCAACUUGGUCAGGAGAGUAUCCAUAAUCAGGUAGAAGCCUAGAGUUUCUGGGUUAGCAGUUUGAACCUUGUUUGAGAACUUUUUCAGCUCUACCUGCCUGUAGAUGUGCAUGUCCCAGUCUCAGAUCAUUUUUACCUCCGUCGCAGUGUUUGUGCUACUCCAUUUCGCAUGUUUCGUAGCACAUGUGUAUCUGCAGGGUACUGAAUUGAGACGAGCUUCUAGGACAGCCGUCAUUUUCUGGGAAUAAUAUUUUAGAUAAAAAUCUGUGAAUCUGUUGAUGCUGCUGGGAAA